UCGUUGAAUGGAGCGGGUGUGGAGACGCGUCCAGGGUGCCAGCCGUCGCGGCGCUGCGGGGCGCUGCGGUUGUCCCACGCAGCCGUGUCAGCUGCACGUGGACCAGCGUGCGAAACGGGGUGGUGGUGGCCGUAAGUCUCGCGGACCACGCACUAUCGUGUGUGCUUGUCAGGUGCAGCCCUGUCCCGUUCAUCCGGUUUUAGUGAGGGUUCGUAAAACGCGUCUAGCUGGUACCAGCUGCGACUGCUCAUCGGAGAAUCAGCCGUGCUCCCAUCAACCAGCUUCUCGUGGUUCGCUGUCGCGUAGAAUACUUAGAAGAUGCGAGUGCACAGAGAAACCUUGCCGGCACUCAGUAACAGGUGCACGACGACGUCCGACGUCGUCCUCGACGUCUACGGCCAUACCGAAUUCAACGAACGGAUGCGAGUGCGCUGAGGAAGUUGGAUGUACCCAUGAUCCUGAUCAGGGCUGUGAUUGUGGAGCUAAACCGUGUUCGCAUACGGUUAAAACGCGACGUUCUAGGCACACAUGCGAUUGCGUGUCCCAGCCCUGUUCUCACAAGCCGGUCGAGGGUCGCAUAAAACGGGUUAAGUGUCGUGUCAGACGUGCCGGAUGUGCAAUGGCUAGAUGCACCGCGGAACUCGCGAUGCUCCAUCUACACUGGGAACUGGCUACGGAAUGUGCACCCUGUAAGCCCCGUGCAUUGACCAGGCGACUAUGCAGAAGGCAGCAAAGUGACAAUGAACUCUACCGUAGUAACAGCUUUAAGUUUGAGAGAUUCGAACGAGCACGAGAGGAAUGUUCAACGCCACUGAGGAAGCAGAUCUCUCUAUGCGACGACUACAGUUUGCCUGUGGAUUUUGUGAACAAGAGACGACCUGCCAGUGCAGCAGCUGCAAGUUCAUCAACCGUGCAAUGGGCACUGCCGAGUCCCACUGUUGAAAACGCGGAAGUCGAAGUGGUCGAGCAGUACAGCGACCCCAGAGACAGUAGAAGCAAAGCCUAUACGGAACCAGGGGCGGAAUCAUCCCUUCCGACAACUUACAGUAAAGUCAAUCGAGACUAUUGCAGACCUUAUACCGAUCCUUCAGCUUCGGGAUCAUCUUGCGAAGAUGACGAACUGGCAAGCACUUUGGUAUCCUUCAGAAAACACAAAAACGACCUCUACGCCACUUCCUCGAAAUGUGCUCGCCUAGCUGAGAAAGCCAAUGAGAUACCCGAGGAGGGUGUAAUCGUAGAUUGCGCAGCUCUGGUCAAUCUCACGGACCAGUCACCGACCGAAGCGAAUCAGCCUACUAGACAUCCUUCGCCUUAUUACUACGGAGACUUAUUCAAGAUUCCGGAACAGUUGUCCAGAUCGCAGCCAAGUAAAUAUCGGAAGAGCGUGAGCCUAGACGUUCCUGGAGAACGUUCUAGGACACCAGGACUACCGAAAAGGAAUUCGGUAGCUGGUGAUGGGCCGCCCUACUGUCAGCAAAGUCAAUCGGAACUAGUGAGCCCCACGUCGGGGAGUGAGCAUGCAGUCCAAGCAAGAAGCGAGAUCCUCUCGUCGUGCAUCAUCACCGAGUGGGAUCACACCCUCAUGCCUCCACAUAGGCUACUGAGUCAUGAUAUACCAACUAGUGUCUGCAUGUGCGUCGUGUCGCCGGAAGAGGAUGAGGUAGAUCAGCCAGCGUUCCGUCAGGUGCGCAAGCUCCGGCGUUCAAGGAGAAUAGAUACGCAGCCGAUACUCCUCGAGGACGAGUACGACGAGGAGGAGGAGGAAGAGGAGCCGGAGGAGGAGGUGGGAGAGGAGGACGAGGAAGAGAUGGCACGACAGCGUCAUCUGUACGAGACGGCCUUCGACUGCAAGGUUAACCGAUCGGACGAUGACCUGGAUGAUCUCGAUCGUGUGACCAAUCAUCCUGUUCUACAUUCUCAACCACGGGCCACCCCGGCCAGGGCCACUUCGUCAUGUAAUAACGAGACCUCGGCGCAGAUCUCAUACGUACCCAAGGAUAGGCGCAAAGUCGUUCUACUCCGGCCAAAACCAAUUCCGAGCCGUCUUCAACAAACUGACAAUAUAUCAUCUCUGUCCCAAGAUAUCGAGUCCCUCCAGAUUAAUUCUAGCGAUGAGAAAGCUUCGCCAAGGUUACCGGUGCGCGGCUAUACGCCUUCGCCACCGUCGACAGCACCGCUGCCUGCCAAGUUCCAUGGAAAUAAGGAUCAUCUACUGUUGAACAUACGUAGUGCGCCUAAUCUACCGUCGCAGCCUGAUCAUCCGCGUCUUAAAGACAUGAGACUACCAGUCAAAUCCCUCAGAGCUAAGGAGUCGCCUCAAAGUAGCGAGGGCAGUAUUCUAGAGAUCAAAGGACGACCUAAGAGCUUCGUCCAGGAGGUAGAUUCGCAAAGUCGUCGUCUGGAUAAGGAACUCAUUCUUGAGUUUAAGGGAAGGCCAAGAGAAGAUCGACAGAGACCAAGAAGUCUCAUUCGCGAGAGCCGACCGAUUAUGGAAUUCAAGGGCAGGCCUCAUGAGGCUGAAGGUGAGCUGCCGAGACCGAGAAGGGAAUCCGGAAUUCUGGAGUUCAAGUUAAGGACUACCAGGAGACGCGUUGGAUAUUCCAGCACCGAGAGUAUGGCCACCAGUAGCAGUGGCGGCAGUAUGGAAUCUUUGAGAAGCAGUACCAGCGAAGGGAACAGAUCAACCAGCAGCUCCGAGAGUCGUCACAGUACCAGUCUCAGCUCUCACAGUUCUGACAGUGGCAGUACAAACUGUUUCCAUCAUCAUCAGCAACCUACCCUAUCAGGAUUCUUGAAUCAUCACACUAACAAGCUUCACAUUCUGUCACCAAUAUCGGACAAAUCGUCUCAGGAGCCAGCAUCCGAGACAUCUGAUAAUAAUCGUAACAAUAACUCUCAGAAAGCAUCUCCGGAAGAACCUACUGAGAAUCUCACAGGCAAUACUAACACAAAUACUAAUACCAAUACUAACGUGACGUCACCAACCGAUACGUCAUUCAAGAAGCGACGGACCCCGCAAAAUAAGAAUCUGAUUAAUUUAGCUCUGCAAUCAUCAAGUUCAGGGGAUACCGAGAUACAAGGGUCGGACAGUGGUAUAUCCAUUGAAUCAAGAGCCGGAAUAAAAUGCAAACCGUUUGGUUUACAUUUACUUAAGCCACAAUUAGAUAACAUCAAUUUGAUUGAUAACGAGCCUGAAUUGACUGAUCUGCCAUUCGAUAUGCCCAAGUUGCGCAGAAGAAGACUUCUAAUGCAGCAGGAUGCUACAACUUCGGGAAGUGCCACCAGCGUGGAUCUUCGCGACUUGCCAUUUGACAUGCCGAAAUUAAGAAGACGUUUGAGAUGCACGCAGAGCACAGAAUCCAGUGCUUCACAGGCGUCUUCUAGUCUAUCAGUACGUGACGUUGAACCGCCAGUACUUUUCGGCGGCGGUUUGUCGCGUCCCAAGAUGACUCUGAAUCUCGAUGGGGGUGGAACUGGAGCGACUAAUUCAGGAGGGUUGGCUGGUCAGUUGGUCAUAAAGAAACCAGUUGCGCUAAGUCUAGGUCUGCCACUAGAAAUAAAUACGACUCGUGGGUCGGCUGAUCUAGUGGAUGUUGAUCUUCCUCUAGAGAGACAAGGGUGGUAUCACGGUUCUAUCACGCGCAUCGAAGCAGAGGCUGUUCUUCGUUUGCUAAGAGAAGGCAGCUAUCUGGUGAGGAACAGCGAAUCCACUAAACAGGAUUAUUCCUUAUCCUUAAAGAGUGCCAGAGGCUUCAUGCAUAUGCGAAUCCAACGGAACGAGGAACUUAAGGCUUAUAUACUAGGACAGUUCAGCAAACCGUUCGAGAGCAUACCGGAAAUGGUGCGUCAUUUCAGCGUUAAUCGCCUUCCGAUUCGUGGCGCCGAGCACAUGUGUCUUCUCCAUCCAGUGAUAGCUCAGCUUUUGUAGCGCAUCUAUCGGAGCGCCCUCUAAGGCGCUUGCAAUUUUAUCUACCACGAUUUCUUUUUAAUUUUCCUAAUGCCACAGACUGGCCCAAAGACGCACCUGUCAAGACUAAGCUAUACCUGUCGCUCUAUAAUAAGACACGAAGCUACUUUGACCGUCAAACUACAUAGGGCACGGACUAGAAAAGCUUUUUUGGUAAGCCUGGCUAAAAAAAAAAGAGGACAAUAAUUGAUUUGGAAGGUUUGAAGUGCGCGAAUUGCGAAAAAAAAUGGGAAGAAAUCCACAUACAGUACAAAGUAAUAAUUGUCAAGACAGUCCGAAGACACAAUGGCGGCUAACAUAUCUUGACAGCGAGUACCAUGGUGGUCUGCUGAAUUGGAUAUUAGCCUUGUGAUUCCUUCGUCAUAUUCGAAAUACCUCAAUGCCGACCAUACACGUAAAGAUUCCACAGCUGUUUAGAAAGGACGUCUGAUCUCAUCGGCUCACGAUGUCCCUGGGACGUCCGAUCCACGUUUUAAUGAAUCUUGGACGUUGUGUUGUCGAUGGGAUACUUUAUACUUAUAAAUGUACCAUGUAGAAAAUUAAGAAUACAAAAAAUUCCUCUUACACAAUAGACGCAAUCAACAUAAUACCUUCUUUGACAAGGAUGAUUUUCUGCUAAAUUAUUAAUAAUACAUUAAACAAUUAAUAAGACAACAAAUUUGCACUGAUAUUAAGAAGCAAUGAAGUCCCAUUACAUUGUUUGAUUAAGAAGCGAGUACAUUGUAGGAUUACAAUUCAGUAUCUACACCGGGUCUUCCCUGAUACACAGUGUAAGCCUACUACUACUUUUGAAAAAUUUGCAAAAAAAAAGUAUAUAUAAAAUUUUUCUAUAUGACAUUUGAGUAGGGCACGAGCAUUAUGUGGGUGAAAUGAAAGAUUGAAAAAUAAGUGAUAAAGAGACGAAGGAACUAAUGAUCGAUACACGGCAUAACAUCUACCUGAAGAUCAUCUGUAUAUCAUUCGAAAAAAAGAAUGACCAUCUUCCCAUUCCUGACGAAUCCCACUACCCAAUAAGGUGUGCAAGAAUGUUAAGAUAAUUUGCGUAGCCUUAGAGAAAAGACAUGUUAGCAGAAAGACAUUAUUACGAUAAUAAGUGUCGACUACUCGUAGAGUAGUAACCUAACCUAGUACUAACCUAACCUGCGAUUGCUGCAGAAAAGCCAAAGAUACAUCAUUUAUCGUUACAAUAGUAGGCCCAGUAAAAAUGGGGCCCGAUGAUGAAUACAGUGACGAUCAAAACGAAUAAAUGAGGAAGAAGAAGAAAAGAAGGAGAAGAAAUGACAAUUGCAUAAAUAAAAUCCAAGAAAAACAGGAUCGAUAUAAAAUGCCAAAUAUUACUUUUAAUCGUAAUCGUCUUUAGUAAGCAUUUAAUUUAUUCGUCGUCGUUGAUAAGCGAUAGUCUUAAAUAACGGAUUAAUUAAUGGAGAGCGAUUAAUAAACUUAUUAAUUCAACUCUCAAGAUAACGGGCCAACGUGAAUGAACUAUUUGGGAUACGAUUCCACUCCUGUUUAAUGAACGAACGGCAACAAAAAAUGGCAAUGAACAAAUAAAUUGCACAAUCGCGAAAGAAAUAUUAUAGAAAACGGAGUAUCGCCGUUCCCGAAUCGAUUUGUUCGUUAAUUUGUUAUUUUUAAAUUUUACCGCGGGCGAAGUAACUGAUACAUAUUUUUUCAAUGUGAUAUUACUUUGUUACAGAGUACCUAGCUUAGUCCACCUGUGAUCUGUUAUUAUUUGUUGAAUCACACGCGUGCAAUAUUUGUGCGAUUAACGAUCGUCGCAGCGACCGAAAACGUAAUUUCGUACUUAGACGUUGAAAAGGAAAGAACAAGACGUCCGUGAUGUAACAAUAAUCUUUUCGUGUACAACAAAAAAAAAUUGUCAACAGUAAAACAGUGCGCGCAAAUAACAAAAUUCAAAUAUUCGUCAACGAUGAAUGCGACAGACGAAUAAUAGAAGCUUUCAAACUCGCCGGAAGUAUCUUGAGAUGACGAAAGAAAAAAUGACGGCAGGACGAGUGCCAGAUACUUCAUUAAUUUUCCAUAAGCGAUUACUCAGACAGCCAAAUGUGUCUCUUCCAAAAAUAAUGAAAUUCCUUUUUUCAAAUAUUAGCUUUUUUUUUUUGUUUCGAAAUAACGUCACUGCUUUCUUUCAUUUGAUACAAUUAACAACGUAUCUAUUUACUACGAUAUUAGAUUUUUUAUCCGGCACUCCAAAACCCUCGUAGCACUAUUUACCCUGAUACGUCAUUCGAAAGGGAAACCCUGUACUUUAAGCUGCCAGUAUUAUUAAUUGUAAUCAAUAAUGCAUAUCCACGUUAAGGUUUAAGAUAUUAUUGUCCCAUUGCGAACGAUUAUUGAUAAUAUUAUAAUCUAUAUAUUUAUUUGAUAUUAUAUUUAUUGCAUCGUGUCGUUGGCCAAUGGUUGUAUGCGCGGUUCUAUACGUUGAUUUAAUCGUAAGAGUCGUAGUUCACCUAAUAACCGUUAGCGAUAGGCAGAUAGUCGGUUAGUGUUAAUUAUUAUUAUUAUAUAUUAUUAUUGCGAUUAUUAUUAUUAUUAUUAAACACUGUCGUAUGAUAUGGUAGAGCUAACUAACUUGUAGAUACUCCCUGUACCUUGAAAUUUAUAUGACGUAGUCUGUAACUUUGACGCGUAUGCAGAUACACACGUACACAUAUGUAUACAUACACAUAAAUAUAUUAUUAUUAUGAAUAACCUAGAUCGGAACUGUCCAACUGUGGUGGUUCUGCCAAGUUCAGUCUAUCUGUUGGCCACCAGUUGGAUGUUCUGUUCAGACUGUAGUCAGUUUAAAGGGGUCAGGUUACAGCCCCGUAAUUAACCAAGUAAACGAUUAACUUAUGCAUUAUACUCGCCUCCCAUGUAAGCGAAUACCGAACGGAUGUGCAAUAGCGAGGAGAAGGAUUGUAUGAGGUGCGAGGAAAAUAUUUUUCUUGUUGCAGGAAAACCGUCAACGUUUCAGCGAACAAAGUGAAUCCAUCUCAUUCAAUAGUAUUGUGUAUUCUGGAAUUCCUUCUUAAUAAAAAUUUAAUAAGUUA